AGGUUUGUUUUGUGACGUAAACAUGGACCCAGCCAGAAAUGGAGAAGUGGCUGAAAGAGGAAGAAGAGUGGCUGGGAGGGGGCGAGGAAUACGUAUGCGUGGUGGAAGAAGAAUAAGAGGAAGAUCAAGAGCUGUAGUCUCAGAUGAGAUCAGAGCUACUGUAAUUGAUCAUGUAGUAAAUCAUGGUCACUCAAUGAGAGAGGCUGGUCAGAGAGUGCAGCCAAAUCUGCAACGCUCUACAGUGGCCUCUAUUGUUAGAGUUUUCCGGCAAACCAACAGGACUCAACGGUUACCUCACACAGGAGGGAGAGGACGGAUGUUCACUGAUGUGCAGGAAACUGCCAUUGUUGAUAUGGUCAUCAGAAACAAUGGGAUAAAACUCACUGAAAUUAGACACAGAGUCUUGGCAGACAACGUUACUUUCGCAAAUAUUCACAGUGUAAGCAUAACAACCUUUUUUUAGAGUCUUGGAAAAACAUCAGGUCAGGAUGAAACAGUUGUACACUGUGCCUUUUGAGAGGAACUCUGAACAUGUCAAGCAACUCAGGAACCAGUAUGUCCAGAGAGUCAUGGAGAUUGAAGGCAGGCGAACACACCACAUUUUCAUCUUUGUGGAUGAGGCAGGUUUCAACUUGGCCAAAGCACGGCGACGAGGGAGGAAUGUGAUUGGGAAGAGAGCCACAGUGAAUGUCCCGGGCCAGAGGGGUGCCAACAUCACAAUGUGCGCAGCAAUAUCCACUGAUGGACUGCUGUUACACAGACCACUAAUUGGGCCAUACAACACUGAACGGCUCCUUGUGUUCCUGCAUGAUCUCUAUGGAAGGGUUGUGCUAGGUGAGGAAAGGGAUGCGGAGAGAAGGAAUCAGCCAACAUUUAUAAUUGUAUGGGACAAUGUGGCAUUUCAUCACUCCCGUGCAGUCACCGAGUGGUUUGCAGCCCAUCCCAGAAUGGAGUCUCUUUUCCUCCCACCUUACUCUCCAUUCCUCAACCCCAUAGAGGAAUUCUUUUCCUCAUGGCGGUGGAAGGUUUACGACCAUCAUCCACAUGAUCAAAUGUCCCUCCUGGAUGCAAUGAAUGCUGGAUGCCUGGAGAUAUCAGCAGAAGAUUGCCAGGGAUGGAUCAGGCAUGCCAGAAGAUUCUUUCCUAGGUGUAUUGCCCUAGAUGACAUAAGAUGUGAUGUGGAUGAGAACCUGUGGCCAAAUGGAGAAGACCGAGUAGAUUAGCAUUACUAUUGUAUGUGUAUCAGUGGAUGGUGUGUAUACAAAUUCUUGUAUUUUGGGAUUACUUAGUGCAAAAAAAUAAAAAUACAUGCAUGAUGUCUGAUUCAUUCCAGUAACAUAUAUUGAAAUUAUAAACGGAGAUGUGUCCUUGUUUUGCACAAGAAAACACUGUGUAAUGCUACAUGUUGUUAGUG